CAAUCACAGACGCCCCGACCUUGACUUCCUCUGCGGGGAGAGGUUGGGAGGCUGGGCCUGCAAAGGGACCAUUGGCUGUCCCCUUCCUCUGGGCAGGGGACAGAACGGCGCAGGCACUGACUUCCUCUUGUCCCGGAAUGAGCAUGCCUGCCCUUUGCAAGCAGGUUUCGGUCUCUCACGAAGAGGAAACCAAAAGCGGUGAGAGCGGGGAGGCAGAGCGACCAAUCACGGGAGGGGUGAGGCACAAAACCAGUCGCUCCCACGGAGCCGGCAGAGCCGGGGCGAUGGCAGAGCUGCAGCAACUGCAGGAGUUCGAGAUCCCCACGGGCCGGGAGGCUCUGCGGGGCAACCACAGCGCCCUGUUGCGAGUCGCCGAUUACUGCGAAGACAACUACGCACAGGCCACAGACAAGCGGAAGGCACUGGAGGAGACCAUGGCCUUUACCACCCAGGCGCUGGCCAGCGUGGCCUACCAGGUGGGCAACCUGGCCGGGAACACCGUGCGCAUGCUGGACCUGCAGGCAGUCGCUCUGCGGCAGGUGGAAGCCGGCGUAAGCACGCUGGGCCAGAUGGUGAACAUGCAUAUGGAGAAGGUGGCCCGGAGGGAGAUCGGCACCCUAGCCACUGUCCAGCGGCUGCACCCCAGCCAGAAAGUCAUCGCCCCCAAGAGCCUACCUCCCCUGACGCCCUACUUCAGGAAACCCCUCAACUUCGGUUGCCUGGAUGACAUUGGCCAUGGGAUCAAGGACCUGAGCACGCAGCUGUCGAGGACCGGGACCCUGUCUCGAAAGAGCAUCAAGGCGCCCGCCACACCCACCUCUGCGACUCUGGGGCGCGCGCCCAGGAUCCCGGAGCCCGUGCAGCUCCCCGUGGUGCCCGACGGCAAACUCUCCGCAGCCUCUUCUGCCUCUUCCCUGGCCUCGGCUGGUGCCGAAGGUGUCGGUGGGGCCUCCACGACCAAGGGGCAGGCAGCACCCCCGCCCCCUCCUCUUCCCAGCUCCAUGGCCCCACCCCCUCCGCCAGCCUCGGACAUCGACCUGCUGCCCCCUCCGCUGGAGGAACUGUCCCUGCCCCCUCCAGCCCCAGAGCUGCCCCCGCCCCUGGACCUGCCCCCUCCUCCAAUCCUGGAUGUAGAUGAAUUGGAGCUACCACCUCCACCUCCACCAGGCUUUGGGCCAGAAGAGCCCAGCUGGGUCCCUGCUUCAUACUUGGAGAAAGUGGUGACACUGUACCCGUACACCGGCCAGAAGGACAACGAGCUCUCCUUCUCCGAGGGCACCGUCAUCUGCAUCACCCGCCGCCACUCCGAUGGCUGGUGUGAGGGUGUCACCGCGGAGGGGGCGGGAUUCUUCCCGGGUAACUACGUGGCCCCCGGCUGCUGACAGACGACCUGGGGCUCUUCCCUGCGUGAACCUCGAGGCCCAGGCAAAAGCCAGUUCCAAGAUCAAGCAAGACUUGGACUAGAGGAGGUACCCAGAGGUCUGCUUCAGACCGGAAAGAACUGGAAGCCGAGGAGUUGUCCACACAGAGGACCCCUAUCCCAUGGAGGGUGGGGUCUCCAGCUGCAAGUGGCAACUUUGAAUAAAACUCUGAUGAACUCCUGA